CUUCAGUCAUGUAUCGAUCACUUGAAUCUCUAGUUGCAUUUAAGCCUUAAAUGUCUAUUUUUUUCGUCAUGCAGGGAAUGGAAAUCCAUUGCCUUGCCGUACCAUGCGUCAGAAGCUUGCGUCUAGCUGCUCAGGAGGGAGGCCCAAGAGUAUCAACAUCUACACAGGUAACAAGAGGACGAUUCUGUUAUUUCUUUUGUUUGAAUCAAUACUACUGAUGGUACUAGCAAUAGUCGUACGAUAUUGCCUCACGUUUUGGAAGAAAAAGAAGCUUCAAAAACUCGACCUUGGGGAGUUUCUAGAGAAAAGACGUUCUCUACGACUCCAGAAGCAAGCAUUUGAUAGGACGAUUACAGAGCUUGAACAAAAAGCUGCAGAGGAAGCAGUAGCCCACGAAGUACUGGAGAAACUCAGUGAUUUGGUUAAAGAAAGGGAAGGCAUAAAGAGAAAGCUCUCAACAACCUACAGUUUAGGCAGGGACCGGGCAGAACCAAAGUCGAAAUCCCUACUUCCGGUAUACAAUGGAAAAACUAAAAGUUACUCUUUUCAAGGCUCUAUGAAGGAGAGCUUUACCGUAUUUCACACGUUCAGCGACUCUUCGUCUGCAGACAGCAGCAGCAAAGAAGAGCGUGAUAAGAAUCCUACCGAACAUAAAGAACUGGCAGUCGAGGCUAAGGGGAAGGGUCCAGUAGAAGACGAUACUUCUAGUGAUGAUGAGAUUCACACGAAAGAGUAUAGGGCGGAAUCAAGCCUAAAAGGUACUGUCAAUCCAUUGAUUCGAGAUCAUUCAUUCAGUGAAAUAGAGGAAGUGAAAAUGAAGAGUGACGAAAAGGUAAAAGGAAUUGUUCAUAGUCGCGGUGGGAACAUCAGGAAGAGAAGCAUGUCCUCAACUAACUAGCUACUGCAACAUUCUGUUCAACUAACUAGCUA